UUUGUGCCAACUCCGAGUUGGCCAAUACGAUCUGCAAUUUCAGUCUGCAAGCGGUCAGCCAGGUGAACGGCAGCCAGCACAGCUGGUCUCUAAAAACGCGUUAAAUUCAAUCCAAGCAGCUGAAAAAUUUGGAAAACAAUCAACAGAAGCAUUGAAAUCCAAUGCAAUAACUUUAAACCCUUUUGUGGAUUACACCCAACAAAUUUGGAUCGACUGAAAAGAGUUACCAAACCACCAGAGAACUGAAGUCUUCAAGAUGGAAAAAGCCAAAGGCUGGCUGUUACUGACAGCAACAGUGCUGCUGCUGAGCCUGUUGGCCUCCACAGAAGCCGCCCUGCCCUUCAAGAAGGUGUCCAUUGCCAAGACUCCCGCCUCCACGAGCACCUCCACCAGCACCACGACGGAAGCGACGGCCGUCGAGGAGGAGGAAGUGGAGGAGGAGCAGCCAGUGCCCAGCGGAGAUGGUGGCGACAGUAGCAAGCCGGACAACGGCACUCUGUCGAAGAACUCCAAGCUGACCGGCAUCCCACAGAUCGAUUACAUCUGGGAUCCCAAUCUGCCCAGGGAACUGAGAGGCUACAACCUGUCGACCUAUCCGUUUCUGUCCACCGUGCCGCCCAUGGACGAGAUCCACUUCAAGUGCGAGGGGCUGCACGACGGCUUCUAUGCCUCCAUCGAGUACAAGUGCCAGAUCUACCACCACUGCGUCUAUGGCAUAAGGCACGACUUUUUGUGCGCCAACUUCACGGCCUUCGACCAGCGCACCUUCAUCUGCCACUUUGCAUCCGAUGUGGACUGCGAGGGAUCCCAGAAAUACUGGAACAGGAACGAUGAACUCUAUAUGGCAACCACUACCACGUCGACGAGUACCACAACUACGCCAGCGCCACCCACUCAACCUCCUGCACCUCGUCGUCGCCUACAGAGACCACAGCGUCCGCUGAGACGGCCCUACAAUCGCAGACCCAUCGAUGACUACUACUAUGAGGAUCAGGAUCAGUACGAGGAUGAUUACUACGAGGAGCGACCCGUACGUCGGCCCAAGCCAAGACCACGCCAAAGGAAGCCCCAAGUGGAGCCGGAGUACGACGAUGAGUACGAUGAUAAGCGGACGGAGGCCAAGAAACCCAUCAGGCGCAAUAGGAAUCGUUACCGCGAUGAGGAGGCCCUCGAGGAGGACUAUGACGAGCGGCCGAGUAAAAGAUCAAGAGGAAAACCCACUGCAGGAACGGCGGGUCGCAAGAUAUUGCCGAGGAAACCAGGUCGAGUGGAGGAACGGCGCAGCUUCAACGAAGAUCGUCCGUUGGGAAGGAGACGUAUUGAAAAGGACAGGACAACGCCAUCAUCCGCUUUGGAUGACCUGGAUGAAUAUGAAAAACCCUAUAACGGUGCGGAUCAGGUAGAGGCCGCCGAAGAGCAAACGCCCCAAAAAGUGAAGACUACGCCAAAGCCAUUAACGGAGUUUAUCACUCCGAAGGCGGCAGCCGCUUCCGUUUAUGCUCGUCCUCGAGCUCCUCCGCGCAUUGCUCGGCCUGUUCCCAUCAAUGAAAAGAAGAAGUUCUCCUAUCCUGUGCAAAAGAUCACGGCCACCACACAGGCACCAUCAAACAGUGCCCAGGACGAGGAGGAGGACUACCCUGAAGAAAAGGUGGAGGAGGACUACGAGCAACCUCCAGCUAGAAACACUCCACGAAGACGUACGCCAGCAUCUCGGGCAGAGCAGAAGCCCACCAGAACCACUUUGCGGAAACCAGUAACAGAUAAGAAGCCUGCCGAUGAUGAGUACGAUGAGCCGGCGGAGCCAGAACCUCUGAGGAAGCGCAAGCGUCCCUUGGCUCCCAGGUCCCGUGCUCCAGCAGCAGAUGUGGACUUUGAGGAUGAGGAGUACGAGGAGAGUCCAGCGCCCGUUUCGACAGCAGCUCCUUUGAGAAACCAAAGACUGAGGACCAAGAUAACUACCCGGAAGCCAACAGUGCCACCACGUCCUCGCAAGCCAAUCGUGGAAGACGAAGAGGAGCUGGACCAUCCAGUGGAGCCCGUCGAAGAGGAAGCACCAGCACCGAGAUCGCGGGCAAAUUCAUUGAGCGGCCGAAACGGAUUUUCCCAGCGCCCUUCAUCGGUACGUGUGGUCAAGAGACCUUUCCUGCCCUCCAGGGGCGGCAGUCCAUAUCUGCCCCGAGGUCUUCAGCCGGUGGGUGUGGCCUUAAAACCACUGCCAACCACCGAUAGCACGCCCAUUGACAUGGGUUCCACCAUUUCGGGAGUGCGUCUGCUCGAGCAUGGCGCUCCUCUGUUGAGAGGAAGUCCUGACAGCGAUGAAGACGACGAGGAGGAGGCUCCUCCAUCGCCGAGUCCACCCAGAACGACUCUCCCGCCUCGCAGCGCUUUGCCCGCCACACCUAAGCGUGUGGAACCCCAGCGACCAAAACUAAAUCUCGACGAGCUCUACGAGAACGACUAUGAUGUGACAUUGAACGAUGCGCUUGAUCCCACGCUGAAACCGCUCUCGCCCCAGCAUCCGCAUCCUCAUCCGCAUCAGCUUCCAUACCAGCAGCAGCAGCAGCAAUCGCAGCGGCAAUAUGCCACCGCGUAUAAUCCAUUUGCCUAUCAGCCAGCGUAUCAAUCACCAACAUCCGCUUCAGCAUCCGCACCUGCAUCCGCAUCGCAACCAGCGAGCUAUCAUAGUGAUUCCUAUUUCUCGUCGACAGAUAUACGCAGGCGGGCUAUUGUCCCGGCGCAAACCGCGCGUCCACAUCGACUCGAAUACGCUGCUGCCGGAGGAGCAGCCGGCGGAUCUUCCAGCGGAGGAGCCGUCUCCGGGUCGGGAGUGAGCCGGAGCCACCAGCCGCUGGGCGGACGGAUUGCCCAGCAUUUCUACGACGACUUUGCCUACUGAAAAGUACGCUUGUAAUAAGUUUCUUCAGCUGUAAAUAAGUUUCCCCCCACACAAGGAGAGUUCCAAUUUGGUGCACGGCUCCAACUUCUUAAACAAAUCUGUCUCUACCUUAGUCGUUUAGCCGCACAAAACGUACUCGUAAUUCAAAAUGGUUCGGGACAUAUGAAGCAAUAGCCGCCGAAAAACAACAUAACCGAUGACAACCUACAGCAAUCUUUUAUCAGAGAAUUUUUUGGGUUCAUUCUGCAAAAAGCUUUUCUAAAUUUUACCCUCGAUCGCUUAUGCUAUUUUUGCAGUAUGAGCUAUAUAUGUCCUGAACCCCACUUAUAUAUACGUUGUAUAAUACUCAAAUGUCGUGAUAGUAGCAGCUUGCGAAUUUGUCUGCUAGCUCAUAUCUAGUAGUUUAUAAAAAUAACUCUCCUACUUGAUUAUCUCCGAUUAAUCAAAAAUCUUUACAUAAAAUACCCAGCAGAACAGAACAAUAAGGAAAACAUGAAUUGAUGUCCUUGAUUUACAUAUAGAAUGAAAAAUACCUAAUGUGUUAAUUUAAAAAUGCAAUUUGCAUACAAAUUGUCUAUAAUAUUUAAGCUUCGUCGGAGAUCGUGUUCGUUGUAGAGAACCCAUGUGCAAGACUUAAGUCGGAGUGCAUAACAAUCAAAACAGAAACUGAAAUAAAUUUAAAACCCACUAAA